AUGACAACUGUAAAUCAGAUGAGUGGCGUUGACGAAUUACCGGAUACGUCUGCUGUACAGAAAUCAACAGUCAAAGAAAAAAGACAUAAAUCUCCGCAUGUUGCACCUACUGUAACGACGAGUGGUGAAGUAUCUGGCAGUAAAAAGAAGUCCCAGCUGUCCCCAAAAACAAAGUCACUGCAGCAACCAGAUCUCGCUCCUAACACUGUGGCAGAGGAAAUUGUUUCCAACGCUUUAAAUGAGGAAAAAAAAGUUAAAGAGACAAUGGAGAUGAAUAACAGUGAUGAGAUUGGUGGGGAUUUAGAAGCUCGGACAUCGAAAAUGCAAAAUUCGAAGGAGAAUCACGGGUCACCGUCCAAAAAGCCGACACUACCUAGUUCUAAGAAGGAUGUUAUUGCUCCUGCAAAAUCGGAACACAAAGUGGUUGGUCGUGAGGUGCUGCAGAACAGGCCGAAUCCAGUAACUUCGCCUACUCGUUCAAAAUCUGUUACGUUAGUUUCUCCAGCAAAACGAACCAGGAACUCGUCAUCAUCGGAUAGCUCAGCCCCAGAGAAACGGAAAAAGAGUUCAGAUAAUAAUGAUAACGAAGAAGAAAUACGUGAAAAGUCCAUCGCUAUGCUUUUUAAAGCAUUGGGUAAUCAUGAAAAGGCCCAAUCUCUGGCAAAAGCUGUUGAAGAAGCGGUUUAUAACGAAUUUGAAGAUGCCAAUGACCAUCGGUAUCGUUCUCGUAUACGGUCACGAGUUUCCAAUUUGAAUCGAAAUCCAGCCAUAGGUUAUCAGCUAAUUAAUGGGAAAAUUAAGCCUGAAAGAUUCGCAAGAAUGACUGCAGACGAAUUAGCAACUCGAGAACUUAAAGAGUUGCGUGAGGAAUUGGAGCACUCAAUUGAUGACCACCUUUUACCUGAACGUGAAGUUGUUGGAACUGAAAAUACAAAAAAGAGCGACAAUGCUGUGUAA